AGCAACAACAACAAACCGUACCGCACAGCUGGCCAAGGAAUACGUGAAAAUAGCAGUAAAAACGUAGAUAAAUACUAUCAUCAUGGCCGAAACGGUGAUUGACGAGUGUAAAGGAGACGAUGGGCCACAAAAUGUGCUGGACGCUUUUCAAGAGAACGAUAAACUGCGCGUGUUUCAGCUGAUCGAAGCGCUGCAUGACAAAUCCGUCACGGAGGACGAUUUCGAGCAUGCUUACCAAGAGUAUUCCGGGAUCUUUUCCAAGUACCAGGAACAGCCCCACCUGCUGGAUCGCAGCCUGGAGGAGAUAGUGAAUAAAAUCAUUCCCUUCUUGCAAGAAUCCGAUGUAGAAGUUCACACCAAACAUCGUGCUUCGAAAUAUCUCUACCAGAUAUGUAAAGUUCGCACGUUUAAGGCAUUUGUCAAAAAUCUACCCCACGAGGUGCGUCAUUUGCCGUUCGUGCUGUGUCUCGUGGAGCAGCAGAAUCUGGACGAUUGGCAAAACUGGGAAACACGUUACAUGGGUUUGCUGUGGCUAUCCCUGCUAGUGCUCAAUCCGUUCGAUUUAAGCCGGCUGGAUACUUCUGAGCCGGGUUGUCCCACUACGAUGGAACGUAUAUACGAGCUGUGCAAAGCAAACUGUCUGAAGGAUGAUAGUUGCACGCCGGUGGUCGCCUUUCUGGUAGCACGAUUCGUCAUACGAAACGACGUGAAGAUGGUGUACUUGGAAAAAAUGUUUGAUUGGGCCAUGACCGUCAAUGCAGAUUACACCGUGGAUGCUAAACUAGGGCCUCUCACGGCCAUUGCUUGCAUCCUGAAGCAUGGAAAGCGCGAAGAUCUACUACCCUACGUGAAACGGCUCAGCAAUUGGGUAUUGCAUCUAGAGUACGAAAAGAUAUCGAAGGACUUCAAAGUCUAUAAAACAUGUAUCAAAAUUUGCCAACGAAUUGGGCUCGUUCUGCUGCCGCCCAAAAUUGCUAAAUGGCGAUACCAACGAGGCGCACGUUCUUUGCUAGCGAACGUUCAAAAAACGGUCACUCUCGCUUCGUUGAAGGAGGUGCAGCAAACGGAAUCGUUAUCUGAGUGCACGGAGGAAGAGGAUGACGUCGAUGAUGAGGAAGUUCCGGGCGACAUUGAGGAAAUCGUCGAACGGCUAUUGCUUGGCUUGAAGGGCAACUCAACGAUUGUACGCUGGUCGUCAGCGAAAGGUAUCGGUCGAAUCACAAACCGGCUGCCCAAGCUGCUCGGUGAUGAAGUCGUGUCAUCCGUGAUUGAGCUACUGAAUCCUCUCGAGCAAGACGAUGCUUGGCAUGGUGCGUGUCUAGCAUUAGCAGAACUGGCCAAACGUGGUCUUUUACUGCCGUCGCGAUUGUCCGAAAUCGUUCCACUGCUCCUGCAAGCUUUGGUGUACGACGAAAUUCAAGGAUAUCGCAACGUGGGACAAAACAUUCGCGAUGCCGCAUGUUACAUGAGUUGGGCCUUCGCUAGGGCGUACCAUCCGUCCGUACUGCAACCGUUUGUUGAACGCAUUGCGUCAGCACUCCUAGUCACGGCCGUUUUCGAUCGGGAAAUAAACUGCAGGCGUGCGGCUUCGGCAGCAUUCCAGGAGAGUGUUGGCCGGCUAGGCAAUUUUCCGCAUGGGAUCGACAUUCUUACCACGGCCGAUUUUUUCUCCGUUGCAGUGCGAAGCAAUGCAUUUCUAAAUAUCAGCGAGUACAUAGCAAAGUUUCACGAAUACAAAUACAACUUAAUAGAUCAUUUAAUUUCCCGUAAAAUAAAUCAUUGGGAUACAAAUAUCCGGGAGCUAUCCGCACAAGCCCUCCGCAAUCUAACGAAGCACGCACCGGAGUACAUGCGAGAUACGAUCGUGCCACAGCUAUUCCAGUUGGCAGAAUCAACCGAACUCAACACGCGACACGGUGCCGUGCUCGCCCUGGGAGAAGUUAUCAAUGCAUUGCAAGCGCUCGGUUCAGGUCAAACCGGGGAUGGACAGGAGGGCUACAUUAAUAACAAAAUCAGUGAACUGGCUGGACAACUAAUUGGUAAAUAUCGGCAGCGUGGACAGUUCAAGGGCAUGAGUGGAACGUACAUGAAGCACGGCUGUGCCAGUUUUAUUCGAAAUUGUAGCGAAGCCAUGCUACCAAUCACACAGGGAGAAUAUUUAGAAUCAUGGCAACUGCUGCUAGACGCAAGUAUUGUCGACGAAAAAUCAACCACGCGGGAACAGGCAACGAUUGCAUUUUCGAAAUUUUGUGAUGCCUAUUACAAGACAGAAACGGUCGAUCGUUUGGGUUGCCUUAUCGACAACUACAUCAAGGAGAUGCGAGACACGCAGAUCGAACACAAAGCACAAGGCAUCGUGUCCGCGCUUGGUGCUUUACCGCUGUUUAUGGUCGAGCUGCGCUUGGAAGAAAUCGUAUCGGUGAUUGAUGUAAAAACUGUCGUUCCGGAAAUGUUUGCCGUGGGCUACAAUCACUCCGAACUACGACGCGAUUGUAUACGCGCGCUGAUGAACAUUGUCCAAACGGUCGGUUUCGAACAUUCGGCCAAAUCGAACGAAAUACUGUGCGGACCGGUCUUCGGUUGCUAUUUGCGUGCUCUAGAGGAGUAUGCGUUGGACAACAGGGGCGAUAUUGGUUCGUGGGUUCGUGAAGCUAGCAUUCAUGCACUGUACGCGUUCCUAACGAAAUGUCCGCCCACAUUGCUCACGCCGCAACAUGUGCAGGAUGCAAUGAUAGCCAUCGCAAAACAAUCGGUCGAACGAAUCGAUAAGAUCCGCGCCGUAGCUGGCAAAACGUUCACUUCACUAAUCUACCACGAACCACAAAUUCCGCACCUCGAACACAGGCAGGAGCUGCAGAGCAUUUUUCCACAGGAUACAACCGAAGUGUUGUGGCUGUUUCCCCAUCACACAUUCCCGAUGUUCAUUCAACUUCUCGGCAUACCUGCGUACGUCGAGCACGUGUCGGCCGGGUUGAUACUAAGCGUUGGUGCACCGACCGAAUCUCUGCACACGUGUGCGUCCAAAAUUUUAAACGAUUAUCUCAAAACGCACCAACCGUUCAUCGAAACUUUCGGCACAGUUGUGUUGAAAAUUUUGAAAGAGAAAACCGUUAAGGACACACUCUUCAUUACGUCCACAUUUCAAUUCCUUGCCGAGCUGUUGAACUCUUCGGCAAACGCUAAAGUGCUGCUCGUUGUGGAAGACAGCUCAGCCGCAUUUGCUGAGCCCAUCUUCAACCUGGUGAAUGGUUUGACAACACAAACCAAAAAGCACAUCGAUUCCAUUCCCGUCUACUGUACGCUUAUGCUAGCACCGAAAAUAUGCAAACGUGUGCUGAGCAAAUUGGUCGUUUAUUUGGGAAUGGUGUGCGUCAACAUUCGGCGCGAAACAGCACUCAAAAUGUACGAAACAUUGCUGGUGUAUGGCGAUCAAACGGCGAUACCGGAGGAAAAUCUGGACGACGUGUUGGUGUGCCUGAGUGAGGAAAAAUGGGACGGCGAACUUGACGAGGCUCGGCAAAUUCGUAACAAACUUUGUGCGCUGAUGGGCAUCAAACCACCAGUAACAAAAGUUAAGAAAUAA